AUGGCUGACUCGACAGCAGACGAUGGACCUACCGCAAAGGAGCCUCAAACAGCUCAAAUAGGGCUGGCACUCCUGUUCAAUGAUCAUGCUUACUCGGAGAUCCUCGAGCUGAUCCUGGGACAUUUGGGGUUAAGUGACACAGCAAAACUACUCAGAGUAAACAAGCACGUCAAUCAAGUCUUCACUUCGUCUUCUCGACUUCAACUAUCUUAUCGUAAAUCCUAUCAUGCUAUACCUACCUCUUCCACCAACGACGACAAUGGCGGUUCUCGACACAAACCUAUUUCAGCAGAGCUACAAGCGUUGCUGGAGAAAGAAGAGCGUUUGGAAUCUUUAAAACCAACUUCGAUCAAAUGUAUACAUAUCUCAAACAGUACAAUGUUCGGGUCCGAUUCGGGUUAUCUCCUAUUCGGUGAGAGGUUGAAUCAACUCAUGAUCAACCCAACGGAUGAAAAGGCAGGAUAUCAACUUGAUUCUUUCAGUAUCUGGAAGAUUUCCUCCACCGAAAAUGGAACCGAAGACAAAUCGAGGGGUGGAAUCAAACAUCAAGGAUAUUAUAGAUGGAGAUACAAUUUAGGUAAAGCCGGUUGUUAUAACAUGAUUACGAUGUGUGUGGAAGAUAACGUAGUAGCUGUUGUGAGGGAAUUCAACAAACGAUGUUGCGCGAUCUUACCUCCCAACUCCGACGUGUUAUCCGACUUCCGAAUCUAUCUCUAUCAGCUGCUUCCUCCAACGGAUACACUAGCCCCGGCCAAAGGUACCUACGAAGGAGCAACUCGUCAUCCAGAAGCAGCUAUGGGAUUUAUCGAAGUUAAAUUACCAGCUAGAUACCAUCUCCACCAGAUGAAAGCUCAACUAGCACCUGGAGGGAGAGUAGGGCUGAUGCUUCGACCCACUGGUGACGCCGAUUUCGGCUUCUUGGGCGUCUGGGAUUGGAAAAAUGGUGUUUCGCUAGGAAAAAUUGCCCCUUCUCCUAAGCCAAACUUUCCUGAUGACUUCCGUUUCUUCGGUAAUUUUGUCAUCAUAUCCGUCUUCAGGACCAUGGAUCGGCCGACUCCGAUGGAACCCAAGAAUUCGACGUCGAAGUCGAAAUUGAGCCAUCGUAAAGAUCGUCAAAAUAGGUCCAGUGAUGUAGCCAAGAAAAUGUCAAGAGGUUAUAAGGUACGAGGAAGAACGGGUCCGAUACCAUCUAGGCAUAAUCGAGACGUUGACGAUGACGAGGAGGAGGAUAACGAUAGCGACGAAGACGAAAAUGAGGCUCCCAAGCGCCAUGUCGAUGGUUUCUGCUCCCUAGAAAUAUAUAAGAUCCUCGAUCCUUCCAAAGGUAUGAAGCCUUCGGGCUUCGCUUACAGAGCUCAUACCGAAAUCGGCCAUGAUCCUUCGGAACCGUCUACAUGGGAUUAUCAGGAUAUACCGAUUUGCGAACCUAUCGUCAGCUUCUUAUCGCCACCAUUCAACAUGAUGCCAGCGUUCCCGCUAAGUCCCAUAGACAUGCUUCUCCCGCCUGAACCCAUGAUUUCCCCUUCGUCAUGCGAUCUAGGCGAAGUUCACAUCGAUGAUGCGUUGCUCAAAGGUGAAAGAGAUGGAGUGAUGACAUUUACCAUACUCGCUUCUACCCCUGGACCCGGUGGAGAUACAUGGAUUCAAUGUCAAGGUGUGAUAUCCCUCCGAGAGAUCGUUCAUCAGGUUACCUUGACUCUCACUGCGAGACACAGAGCUGAAGGUGGGCAAAUCAAUGAGGAGAAGGACCUCGCUACCAUGUGGUCUCAAGACCUUUCCGUCCAGAAGGCAUUAAAUCGUCUAUUGGAAUUAGACGAUGAUGUCCAUUCUCAAUACGCAGAACAGCACGGAUGGGAAACGGAUUCGGGCGAAGAAGGUAUCUCAUUGAAAAGAAUCAUCAGUCAAAAGAGACAUCAACCAAAAAAGGGCAAGAGCCAAUAUAAGGGCAGAAAUAAGAAAUACGAUAAUUCAAAAUAUGACACUCCAUCCGAUGAUAUCCUAUCCGGUCGAUACCUAAAUGGUACAAGAACUGGAAAGGAUAAGGUGGACAACGCGAAAAGUGUGAUGAAAUAUAUACAUCAUGAUAAAUGGGCCAAAUCCGGUUCAUUCAGAUUUUCACCUUUUGCUAAACCGCCAACAACGUUUGGAACGAAGGUCUUCCUGGCUGAACCGAACUACGAGAAGAUCAAAGCUGAGACAAUCCAUCAAGUCAAUUCUCAAUUCAUACCUAAAACAUUGAUAAUGAGGGAUUUCAACUCGAACGUGGUCGAUAACGAUACAUACUCGAAAUUCAGAUUCAGAGUACCUCUCGGUUUAGGUGGGGUAUCAUUGAAAAAUUUCAAUCUCGGGAGUGAUGAUAGCCAAAUGGAGUUGAAAGAUACUAUAAUGGGAGAAUGUAAAUUACUGAAACCGAUAGCUCUACCAAAAUUCUCAAAGUCCUUGAUUCGGUGCAAAUCGAUCAUUGGAGAUAAGAAGAUAUCAACUCAUGAUAUGUUUGAAGAUGAAGUUUUGGACUCUCAUCUAAAGUUUAGAGAGAGUAAAGUGGAUUUGAUGUGGGAUACAAAAAGGAAGUUGCUGGAAUUGCAUUUUGAUGGCAGUCGAUUGAUCAUGUAUAUGCAAAAUGGAGCUACUAUUAUGGCUUUUGACUGA